UCGGCUGCACCGCCCUACGCGCGGGAAGGUACAAAAACGACCGCUCGGCAGCUGGCGCUUCCAAACGCAGCGUCCACCGCGCUCCUCGCGUAUCGCGCUUGCGUUCCCUCGCCCUUCGUGCACCUCAGCCAAUAGGGUGUAGUUCGAGACUCUCGACGCCGGAAGACCGCGCUAUCGCCGGAAGUGACGCCCCGACGUGCUGACGCGCGGGCUCGAUCCGAGGCCUGAUUCCGCGCCCGCCAUGGCCGACAAGAUGGAUAUGUCUUUGGACGACAUCAUUAAACUGAACCGGAGCCAGCGAGGAGGCCGCGGUGGGGGCCGUGGCCGCGGCAGGGCCGGCUCCCAGGGCGGCCGCGGUGGUGGGGCGCAGGCUGCCGCGCGAGUGAAUCGAGGAGGCGGGCCCAUCCGAAGCAACUUCCCGACAAGUGGCAGCACGACCUUUUCGACAGUGGCUUUGGGGGUGGUGCUGGCGUGGAGACGGGUGGAAAGCUGUUGGUGUCAAACCUGGACUUCGGAGUAUCAGACGCAGAUAUUCAGGAGCUCUUCGCUGAAUUUGGAACACUGAAAAAGGCGGCUGUGCACUAUGAUCGCUCUGGCCGAAGUUUAGGAACAGCAGAUGUGCACUUUGAACGGAAGGCAGACGCCCUGAAGGCUAUGAAACAGUACAAUGGUGUCCCUUUAGAUGGCCGCCCCAUGAAUAUCCAGCUUGUCACAUCACAGAUUGAAACACAACGAAGACCUGCACAGAGCAUAAACAGAGGUGGCAUGACUAGAAACCGUGGCUCUGGAGGUUUUGGUGGUGGUGGUGGCACCCGAAGAGGGACCCGUGGAGGCAGCCGAGGAAGAGGCAGAGGCACUGGCAGGAACUCAAAGCAGCAGCUUUCUGCAGAGGAGCUGGAUGCACAGCUGGACGCCUAUAAUGCAAGGAUGGACACCAGCUAAACCGCUGAUCUGUGUGGAGAAGACCCAGUGUUUCGUCUGCUCUCUGGAAGGAGGGGAUGGGGACUGGGCUGUGUGGCCAAUGACCGAUUUGUUUCUUUUAUGUUUUAAGAUAGGAUUUAAAAACUCAUGUAAAGUUUUUCUUUUUUCCUUUUUUUUUUUUUUUUUUUAAAUUCUGAAACAGACCUGUUUUGUACCGAGUUAUUUUUGGGAUAAAUUUUACUGGUUGCUGUUGUGGAGAAGGUGGCAUUUUCACCUUUGCCAUAAUAAACUAGAAAUGUGUGUAGAACUGUGA